CCGGGGCGGCGCCGCCCGCCCGGGCCGCCGCGCACCUGCGAGAACUGGAUCCCCGAGAUGAGGAACCGGUGCUGACGAAAUCUGCCAAGGCAUCCGUGGCAAUGAUGUGUAUCUCCCUGGUGCUCGUCUUCCUCUUGUGCUUUAGCUUUUCCUGGAGGCGCAGAGAUGAGAAGCAAAAGUCUUUGGCGGUGUCGGGAAUCAUCCUCCCCCCUCGCAUCGUUGUGGGUCAAAAGGGCAGGGUGAGCGUGAGCAUCGGAGGAAGGCGGGUGGACCGGGUCCAGACGGCGUGGUUCCUCAAUGACGCGCCCAUCUCCGACACCUCCCUCACAGCUCCGGAGAAAGGCCCUUUGCUGCCCUCCAGAGGAGAGACGUGUUACUACAAGCUGCAUUCGCAGGGCCCCCUGCACUCGACGGGGAGCGGCGUCCAGCACCUGGUCUCGUCGCUGACGUUCAUCCCGCAGAUCUCCGUCCACAAGGGGGCGGUGUUCAAGUGUCAGGUGUCCUACGCGGGCAAGGACAAGAUUGUGAUGGAGAGAGUCUCCGAGAGGUUCACGGUUCUUUCUGCACCAGAGGUUUCUGAAAUUCAGCUGGCAGAAACACCGAACAACUCAGAGGUCAUCAGCAUGACGGUGCGAGCGUCCCAUUUCCACCCGGACGUCAUCACUUUCCGCUGGUUCUGUCAAGGGGGGGAGCUGAGCCCGGUGGCUUCGCAGGCCUCCACCUGCCCGCGACCCGAUUGCGAGGGCUUUUUUUCGGCCUCCAGUCAGUGCAAACUGCCCCGGACGGAAUUGGAACAGGGAGGCACCAGAGUGUGGGUCAGCGUCCAUCACGUCGCCCUCAAGCAGCCCGUCACUCGAGAGACCAGAGGCUUCAUCAAGCAGCCCCGCGUGUCCGACAUCUCCUGCUCGGCCGACCAGUUGCUGACGCUUGGCUGCCAGAUCAGCGAUUUCUACCCGCCCGACGUGACGGUCACUUGGCUGAGGGUGAGAGGGGGCGAGCGGGACGACAGCGAGGACGAGGUGAUGGAGGGCGGCCGGCUGUGGGGCCCCGUGGAGAUUCGCCCCAGACUCUACCGGGCCACGGCCACGUUGACCACCGCCGACGGCCCCGAGAAAAGACGGCGGGGGGGAGGGAUCAAAUGCCGAGUGCAGCACCUGUCCCUGCAAGAACCCAUUGAGAGACUUUGGAGAAAUGUUGACAUCGUUGCUCCCGACAUCCCCGCCUCCAUUUCGGUGUGUUGGAGCAGCGAAGGAGUGGGCGUGUUCUCGCUCCUGUUGAAGGGGGGUCACCCCAAGGUCAAGUUACUGUGGACGGCGGGCGGGGCCACCCUCUCGCCGCUCCAGUCCAGUGAGACGGAGGAGAUCGGAGAUGACGGCCAGAGGGAGCUGAAAAGCGUGUGCGCCCUCGAGAGGUCCGCGCAAGCGCCCGGGCGGAGCCGCGAACGGAGGAAGGCGCGCCCAACAAAAACCAAAGCGGCCGUCACGUACACGGACACCGAAGGGAUCGCGUACAUCGACGAGAAAACGGACGAAGAGAACAACAACCGAGAGAAAUGCGAGGAAAGCAAGUCGUCGGAUGGGGAUGAGGGCAGCGACGACGACGACGACGAACGAGAGGACGACUCCGGGGCCUUGUACAUCAACAGAGUUCAUUUGACGACGGGGAGCAGGGAAAGCGAGAGAGCUCGCCUCAGAGUCCUCGUGGAGCUCACGCACCCGGCACUCGCACUGCCUGUUUACAGAAGCUGGACAGAGCCCAACGAGGAGACGUCUUUCAUGUGAAAUUCAAGACGCUGACAAGAAGCAUCAUCCACUUCCAAGAUUUUGGCCACUUUUUGGAAAGCGAGAAACGCUGAGCGUCAUCGUUUUUGGAUUGCUCAUUGAGAAAGGUGUUGCCUUCCGACACUUUGGGGCUUUAUUUAUUCGGAUGUUUCUUUCAGCUGCUUGGUCGUUCGCAAAUGGCUUGGAUUUUUGUACUUUUCCAUCAAAUCCCAUCACGUGAUUGACGAUCAAAUUCAUCAAAUAAAAUAUGUCUGCUUUCGGUUUGGGGCCGGAUGAAGUCUCUCCGACUGUUUUCUGUGGCGGUUUU